AUGAUUAUUUUAAAUGCCCUUUUGGGCGUGGCCCUCCUCCCAAGUACGGCUUUCGGCAUAGGGUCCGUAUACUUCGGAUCCCGAGGAUCAUCUCCCUUGAUCCCUCCACAAGUCCCCUUAGCUGAGCGUCCUGCCCUUUCAGGCACACAUGAGUUUACGCUUCGCCACAUCUUCCGUCGCGGAGCACAUGAACAACCAGAUCUCCACCAGAGGCUCGACAUCAAACCGCAUACCCGCCUUCGUGCUGUUUCAGAAGAUGGCCUCGAGGAGGGACCUGUCAUCUUGGACUCCCCAUUAGUGGCUUCAUCGCGUCCUAUUAGCAUCGAGCGGCUUGCAGAUCGACGUCCUUCGAGUAUCGAGGCACAUUUGAGGGCAGCUAGGUCGUCUGGGUCAGCGGUCGUACUCUCUCCAACGGAAUGGGUUAUGGAUACGCUAGCUGGCCCCGAUGUUACACAUAAAGAAAGUGUUCUCACGUUUGCUAAGAUGACGGCGAAUGAUUAUAUUGAAGAACCAGGCACUGAGGAUUGGCAGGAUGUUCAUGGUCACUUCAAUUACUCAUCGAGUUUCGGCUGGAGAGGCGACGGACUGAGAGGUCAUAUCUAUGCUGACAAGACAAACCAUACUAUUGUUAUAUCUCUCAAGGGAACCUCCCCGGCUCUCUUCGAUGGUGCAGGUACGACUACUAAGGACAAAGAGAAUGAUAACCUGUUCUUUAGCUGCUGUUGCGGGCAGGGCGGCUCGUACCUCUGGCGACAAGUAUGUGAUUGCCAGACAUCAGCAUACAAAGCCAACUUGACUUGCAUAACUGAGGCCAUGAACGAUGAGAACCGGUACUACCGUGCGGCACUGGAUCUCUAUUCCAACGUUACCGAGCUUUAUCCAGAGGCGAAUGUUUGGCUGACAGGCCAUUCCCUGGGCGGUGCAAUGUCCAGUUUGGUUGGUUUGACGUAUGGAAUUCCUGUUGUCACAUUUGAAGCCGUCCCCGAGGCACUUCCUGCAGCCCGUCUGGGUCUCCCCAGUCCGCCAGGGUAUGAUCCCAGAUAUCCUCAGUCCAGGCGGUACACCGGGGCCUACCACUUCGGGCAUACUGCUGACCCCGUUUACAUGGGAACCUGUAAUGGCGUUAGCUCUGUAUGCACAUGGGGAGGCUACGCCAUGGAGUCAGCAUGUCAUACUGGUCAAAUGUGUGUCUACGACACCGUUGAAGAUAAAGGCUGGCGUGUCGGGAUCGGGACUCAUCGUAUAAAAGCUGUGAUAUCCGAUGUUAUCAAGGUAUAUGACAAGGUUCCAGACUGUGCCGCGGAAGAAGAGUGCUACGAUUGCGUGCUGUGGAAAUACUUCCGUAGUAAUGGCUCUGAAAUCACCACCACCAGCUCGACAACAUCCACGACGAGCUCUACCCCGAUAAGCACCUCAACCUGUAAGACUCCCGGAUGGUGGGGCUGUCUUGAUGAGAGCACAACUACGACAGCUACAACGACAUCGACGUCGACGUCCACAUCAACAUGUAAGACACCCGGUUGGUUCGGUUGCAAUGACCCGACCACUACAACGGACGCAACCGCCGCACCGUCGCCCACAACCACCGCACCUACUAUGACCUCGUCAACGUGCAAGACGCCCGGCUGGUUUGGCUGCAACGACCCCACCACUACUUCAAAAGUUCCCCAAACAGCACCCCCAACUCUGACUCACACAUGCCUCACGCCUGGGUAUCUCUGGGGCUGCUGGGACCCCGUAACAACCAGUAGUCACCCCAUGACCACGCCGCCCUGA